AUGAAUGAAGACAAACUGAAGGGUGAGACAAUGGAUCUUCAGCAUGGCAGCUGUUUCGUGAAAAUGCCAAAUAUUACUAGCAGCAAAGAUUACCUUAUCACGGCCAAUUCCAACGUAGUGAUAAUCACCACAGGUGCACGCCAAGAAAAGGGAGAAACGUGCCUUAAUUUAGUCCCGAGAAAUGGGAGCAUCUUCAAAUUAAUGAUUUCUAGUAUUGCACAGUACAGCCCUCUCUGCAAACUGAUUAUUGUUUCCAACCCAGUGGGUAUCUUAACUUAUGUAGCCUGGAAGUUGAGUUCUUUUCCAAAAAACCGUGUUAUGAGAAGUGGCUGUAGUCUGGAUACUUCUCAUUUUCGUUUUUUCAUUGGGCAGAAGCUUGGCAUCCACUCUGAAAGCUGUCAUGGAUGGGUCCUGGAAGAGCAUGGGGACUCAAGUGUUCCUCUGUGGAGUAGAGUGAACAUCACUGGUGUCCCUUUAAAGGAUCUGAACUCUGAUAUAGGAACUGAUAAAGAUCCUGAGCAAUGGGAAAAUAUCCACAAAGAAGUGAUUGUGGUGAUUGCCAGUGCCUAUGAGAUUAUUAAAAUGAAAGGUUACACCAAUUGGGGGAUUGGCCUAUCCGUAGCUGAUUUAACAGAAAGUGUUUUGAAGAAUCUUAGGAGAACACAUCCGGUUUCCACCAUAAUUAAGGGCCUCUAUGGAAUAGAUGAAGAAGUAUUCAUCAGUGUUCCUUGUAUCCUGGGAGCAAAUGGUAUUACAGACCUUAUAAAGAUUAAGCUGACAUCUGAAGAGGAAGCCCAUCUAAAGAAGAGCGCAAAAACGUUUUGGGAAAUUCCGAAGGACCUUAAGCUUUAA